AUGUCGGCCCGGCACUGCCCAGUUAGUAGCAACGCAGCAGUGUGCCUGUUGUAUCCACUGCUCAAGUUCGUCACCGUGUUCUGCGGUGGUCGUGACGCGGUGCCCCUCGACGACGUUGAGACCGUACUGCGUCAAGCGUUCAAUAACUCCAAACUAUACGGUUACUCACCCUUACUCCAUGGUGCAUUCGAAGAAGAACCAGUUUACGACGACUCCAACUGGGAACAGGAUCUUAGCAGCCGCAAACGAGCUGCCCACGACGUCCGAAGAGGCGAAGUUUGGAAGGGGGAGAUGGGAAAAAGGGAAUUGGGAAAGGGCGAGAGAGAAGUCGGGAAUGUCGAAGCCUUCAAUCCGCGAGUGCUCAAAACCCGUGCACUUAAGCCGAGAUUGUCACGAGUCGAAUUCCACUUGCCGGAGCGCAACGACUCCUUUGCUGACGCCGACCCGGAAGACCCAAGUCCGGACGACCCAAGUCCGGACGACCCGAGUCUGGACGUCUGUGAAGAUUGGAGCCGUCCCCUUGUUUUUGUGGAAGAUAUGUUAACCCCGACGCCGGCUAGACGGCACCUCCAACGUGUUUGGAGCGAUAGAAGACCGGCCCGGCGGCACGGCAUGGCGCUGGGGAGGAAGUGGGGCCGCCAACGGCGAUGGGAUUGGUGGAGGCGUUUGUGGCGCAAUAAGUCGCAUAGGGCCCACUGGAUCGCGGACGAUGUCCUGGCAUUCUGGCGGCAGUGCAAACGAAAGGGCUACACUAACGACAAGCAGCUGAGGGACGCCGCCCUUGCUACUACUGGCAACCGUGGGACGGGGAGCUUUAUGAUGAGUGUAAAGGAUAUUGACGGUUUGGUUAUAGUGGACGAGAACGGUCGCAAGGCCCGGUACCUCGAGUUUUUGGAUCCCGGGUACUCUAGCCUGGAGACUGGGUACUCUAGCCUGGAGACUGGGUACUCUAGCCCGGAGACUGCUGAUAGGAAGUCUCUGGGGAGACGAACCUCCUCAAGCAGAGGACUGAAGCCGUACUUCCUGAGGCGGUUCUCAGGCAAGCCUCUUGCGGCACAGGUCGUGACCGACGGCGCGACUCGUAGGAGACUCGACUCCUGGGUUUCGCCUGCUCCGGAGCAGGGCAGCCGUCAAGAAAACUACCAGGGCAGACAGUUGCUCCACGUAAGUCUAUCCAAAAGUAAGUCGUGUAUCUAUCCAAAAAGAACACACUACUAUGCUGAACAGUACAGCUUCGAACAGUACAGCUUCGAACAGUACAGCUUCGAACAGUACAGCUUCGAGCUCUUGAAGAUUACACUUCAUUUGCCACAAACGCAGUUCGCACAACAUCUUUCUCCACCCGUUCCACAUGUACACUUCGGCGUGCACUUGCAGUCAGGAGUGCACUUGCAGGCCGGCGUCUUUCCCGCCGCAGCAGGCGAGCAACAGCAUCCGGCGCUCUUAGGGCAUCCUGAACAACACUUGUCGUUAUUCCUGCAGCAGUCACAACCAACACAAGGGUUAGGAGGAACACAACACGCACAAGCCAUCUUCUUCUAG